AUGCGGGCUCUAUGGCUGGCCUGGCUUUUCGUCGUCGCCACCCCCUCCUACCACGAAAGAAGACUUUAUGAGGAACUCAUGCGUGACUACAACGUCUUGGAGCGUCCGGUUGAAAAUCACAAACAGGCCGUUUCCGUUAAACUCAAGGUUUCUCUUCAACAGAUUAUAGAUGUUGAUGAGAAAAAUCAGGUCGUCAAUGUCAACGCCUGGCUCGAUUAUACCUGGUUCGACUACAAGCUUGUGUGGGACAUCAAAGAAUAUGGAAACAUCACGGACGUUCGUUUCCCGGCCGGUCGCAUCUGGAAACCUGAUGUUCUUUUAUAUAAUAGUGUUGAUUCAAAUUUCGACUCUGCUUAUCCGACAAAUAUGCUGGUUUACAAUACGGGUAAAAUUUCAUGGGUUCCGCCGGGAAUUUUCAAGAUUUCUUGUAAGAUUGAUAUUAAAUGGUUUCCCUUUGAUGAACAAGUUUGCUUUCUAAAGUUUGGCUCAUGGACAUACGAUGGAGACAAAUUGGAUCUCCAGCCGGCUGAAGGCGGUUUCGACAUUUCGGAGUAUCUCGAGAACGGUGAAUGGGCAUUGCCAUUGACGACUGUGUCACGAAAUGUGAAACGCUACGAUUGUUGCGAUGAGCCGUAUCUUGAUCUCACCUUUUAUUUGCAUUUACGACGAAGAACACUUUAUUAUGGCUUCAACUUGAUCAUGCCAUGCAUUUUGACGACAAUGAUGACGCUACUCGGUUUCACGCUUCCACCCGAUGCUGGGGAGAAGAUUACAUUGCGUGAGUUGAUU